GUGUUUCUUUUGAAACUGUAACGGUAAUUUCAAAUUACCAGCAGUGAGAUUGAAAUGCAGAAACAAGAAAGUGGAAAUGUUUCCCACACUGAAUUUCUUUUAAUAGGAUUUUACGGACUUGAAGAACAGCGAUGGCUUCUAUUCUUCCCUUUCUUUCUGAUGUUCAUGUUGUCUACUGCUGUUAACUCAUUCCUUAUAUUUGUCAUCAAAACACAAAGGAGUUUACACUCUCCAAUGUGUGUUUUAAUAGGAGCCAUGGCAUUUGUAGACCUGAGUCUGCCAGUAUUUUUUGUCCCUAAAAUGCUGCUGAGCUUCUUAUUUAACUGGAAUGGUAUUUCUCUAGUAGGGUGUUUGGUCCAAAUGUUUUUCAUUCAUUUCUUUGGCGCAUUUCAAUCAUCCAUUCUCCUCUGGAUGGCUCUGGAUCGCUAUGCUGCCAUAUGCAUUCCACUGCGCUAUAAUGACUACAUGAACCCUUCUUCUUCUGCUAAAUUUGUUGUUGCAUCUGUUCUCAGAAAUGGUAUUUUCAUUCUGGUUAUUGUCAUCCUCGCUGGUUAUCUCUCUUAUUGUUCCUCAAAUGUCAUUGACCAUUGUUUCUGUGAACACAUGGCCCUGGUAAGUUUGGCCUGUGGAAGCACGUCUGUAAAUAGUAUUGUGGGGUUGACCACAAUUUUCUGUGUAACAACACUUGACUGUGUGAUUAUGGUUGUCUCUUAUGUCAAAAUUUUCAUUUUGGUCUUUAAAACAGCAUCAGGAAAAUCUUCCCGAAAAGCAAUUCACACCUGUAUUACCCACAUAAUAGUCAUGUGUGUUUCUUACUUCUGUGCUAUGACAUCUUUUUUUGCAUACAGGAUUAAAAAUUCUAUCUCUCCCAAUGUCCGUGUACUAAUAAGUACAAUGUAUCUACUUUUUCCCAGCUGUUUUAAUCCAAUAAUUUAUGGGAUCAGAACAAAAGAGAUAAGAGAGCAGAUACUCAAACUAAUUAAAAGAUCACAAGUAGCACAAACCUCUGUUAAAGUGUCAAGUGUGAAUCACAACUGA